UUUGUUUUUUCCUCUUUGUGACUUCACAGGAAAGUUAUUUUGUGUCCUUCUGUUGUUAAAAUAGGACCUACCAGUGCUUCAGUAAAGAUAGCGUUUGUUAACUGAAUUCAUGAAGUUCAUCUGUUUUUUUGGAGACCUGACCUAAUGGCCUGGACCCAAGUGGAACAUUUUGUGCCCAGAUGUUUCUAGUUUUAGCUCAUGUCUCACUUGAAACUCUUUUUCCAUUUACAAGCUUUUGAAAUGUUAUGCAAGACAGUUUUUUUUAUAGGAAAAUGAGUGUGACAUUGAUUUAAAGGUGCAGUGACAGAAGCCACCUUGUGCGUGCGUCUGUAAGUGUGUGUAUGUGCAGUGUAUGUCCAUGCAAGUGAAAAUACAGUGAUUCUGCAUUGUCUGUCUGUCUGUGUGUUUGUGAGUGUGUGGAAUCAUGCCUGGUUUUGAGAACGUCUUGGCGGUGCGGCGCUGCCUCACCUUUGCCACGGGUCUGGUGGAGUGUCUGUGUUUCGCUGGAGCUGUGUUCGGAUGGGCUUCGCUUGUUUUCAUCCUCAAGACGGAGGGCUACUUCAGCUCUCUGUGCGUCAACACCACAGGGGUCAAUUCAACGCAUGUCUUAGAUUGCAGUGGACAGGACGAACAAUUCUCCCUUGUCUUCACCAUCGCCUCCUUUAUGAACAAUUUCCUGACACUGCCCAACGGUUUCCUCUUUGACCGGUUUGGCACAACAGUGGCUCGGCUCUUUGGAAUAUUCCUUUACACCACAGGCACCUUGAUGGUGGCGUUCUCGACUUCAGCUCUGUCCAACCUGCUCUUCCCAGCCCUCUCCCUCCUGGCAGUUGGUGGCAUCUUGUUCCUAAUGACCAACAUGCAGGUUGGAAACCUGUUCGGCUCACAUCGCUCCACCAUCAUCACUCUUUAUAACGGGGCCUUCGACUCUUCCUCGGCACUCUUUCUCGUCAUCAAGGUGUUACAUGAGUCUGGUAUCUCCCUCCGGGCCUCCUUCCUCUUUCUGUCCGCCUGCAGCAUCAUUCACCUGCUCAGGACUUUCUUCUUGCUGCCCAGAAACUUCAUUCCCUACCCGCUACCUGAUCGCUACACAUACGGGAUAAGCUGUGGUAAAUCAAAGGCUCUGAGCGCCAAGGUGGCAGCAAAUGGUAUCUCACAAAGGACGACAGAGGAAACGCCACUCGACAAGGACGCCCCUGUGAAACAAGAGAAGAGUUUCCGUGAGUGUUUCCUGUCCAGGUUCUUUGUGUUGCACCUGCUCUGGUUGUCAGUGAUGCAGCUCAGGCAUUACCUGUUUAUCGGCACCCUCAACCCCAUGCUGCACAGGCUGACAGACGGAGAACCCUCACUGGUGAGCCAGUACAUCAAUGCCUUUGCUAUCACCCAGUUGUGUGGGGUCCUGUGUGCCCCCUGGAAUGGCCUCAUCAUGGACAGACACAAGGGAAAACCCCGGGCUGCAGGAGAGAGUGAGCAGGAGGCAGACCUGCGGGCCUCUGUGCUUUCUCUCUUCCUGACGGCGCUGCAGUGUCUGUUGUUCUCAGUCUGUGCCUCCACCCCGUACCUGCCGCUUCAGUACCUCACCUUCAUCCUGCAGGUGCUCAACCGCUCCUUCCUCUACGGCGGUAACGCAGCCUUCAUCAGCAUCGCUUUCCCAUCAUGCCACUUUGGGAAGCUGUACGGUUUGGUCAUGGCUCUGUCUGCAGUGUUUUCGGUGCUGCAGUAUCCCUGCUUUGCUCUGGUGAAAGGAGCUCUGGGUGGAGACCCUUUAUAUGUGAACGUCGGUCUGACGCUGCUCAGCCUGCUCGCCUUCAUCCAUCCUGUCUCUGUCUACCUGCAUUGUCGAAGCCUUGCCUCCCAGCGAGCCAGGAGCAGGGCCGUCACUGCUUCCUCUUAAAGUCUGUAAAAUGAAAGCAAUAACUCAAACUUAAAUUUCACUCAUAUCACCUGUGACACUGUUACCUCUUCAGUUUGUGUUUGUGUGUGGCAGUGUUGCCACUUUACAGGUUGUAGUAAAGUGUGAUUUUGUGUACAGUUGUAGCGCGUCUGCCACGCUGCAGCCAAAUUGAAGGUAUCCAUAAUAAUUUCUCAAGAGUCUUUAUUGUCAUUAUGCGAGCAUAACGAAAUUUUUCAGAGAAUCUCGGCUUAAAGGCACACAUAUAAAUAACACAAAUACUUAAAAAAGAACACUUAUGAAAAUAUAAACACAAAGUAAGUAAAGUAAGUAAAGUAAAGUAAUAAAGUGAUAAAGUGCAGGCCCCUGCUCCGGCUGACCCUUUAUAACCUCUAGUUCUUGUGAGAUUUACAGGAUACAUUAUGUUUUUUUCAUUGUGUGAUCUGAUGUACAAUUCAGAUCUUUUUACACGCUUCUACAAUUUUGGAGUUUUAACUGAGAUCUUCCCUAAAGCAUCUCAGCACUUAGUCACAAUCACACAUGUGGUGCUAUAGUGUUUUUCUUUUCUUUUUCUUUUUUUUUUUACAGUUGAAAUUCCUCAUGCUGGUUGCUCUGAUUUUAAAUUCCCAAAGUUCUGACAUGUCUUAUGUUUUGUCUUUUAUGCAAGCUUUAUCAUGCAUUCUUGCCAUGUUUUUUUAAUAUUCUGUGUAAUGCUAGCCUCCUGUCACACCAUGGUCAGAGUGCCAAAACAUAAUGCACUUUACUGCAAAAAGCCAAAAAUCAUACAGAUAAUGUUUAUAUCACUGCAGACCUCUUCAAGUUAUCUCUGUCUAUAUAUUUUUAAUUUUAAGUCAAGAACCAACAAUGUUGAGAGAAUAAGGGACAUUUAGGAGCCAGCAUCACAAAUGUAAGUUGUGAAAACUCCUCUGUGAAGCCCCUCUGUCAGGACACAGGUCCUGUUUGCUCUCUGCAGUGAUCGCUUUACUGUGCGAGUUCACUCUGAUUCAUGAGUGAAACUCAGGAUCACUGCUCUGUGAGGGGAGAGGGAACACAGCUCUGCCCUCUGCUGGACUCCCAGUGGAGCUGUUAGAUGAUGACUAACACUGUCGUGCCAAACAGUAAGAUGAUGAAGUUUUGUUUGUUUCCAGCAUUUGAAGUCUCAGGUGUUCAUUGUGUUUGUGUAGCUCAGUAGCAGAAUUUGUCAUGAAGGAUCAUGUUUUUCAGUGAAAAUGUGCCAUAACUAAUCUUGACAUGAAAAGGAUUAUAAAGGGACAUAUGUCAUAUUUAGUUUUUUGGUAUGCAAACUCUUCAUUGUGCUGCACCAAAUGAAAUGUACCUUUUGAUAUUGACUUUAGUAGCGUAGUAAAGGGCAUUAUACAUUUUUUCAAUAUUUUGCCCAAAUAAAUGUUUCCGUUUUCGACCAUUAUUAGAAAAAUUGUGUAUUUGCAGGUGGUGUAGACAGCUUGACACAUUUCACGCCUCGGCUCACAAAUACCUGUCUAUGUUAAAAUAAACAUUAAAGUAAUAA